UUCCCCUCCAACAUGUCCGCAGUUAUUAGACGAAAGUUGCGCAUCGGUUCGUCAGUGUAAGAAGAGAAUCAAUGCUGCGUGGUUUUAUUCUUCGUGAAAGUGUUGUGCUAUCUCUGAUCACUGUUUUCUUCUUUCACCGAUAUUUUUUCGGAACACCGUUACAAGUUAAACACUUAUGAAUGGAAAAUGCACGCGAUAAAAAAACUCGCAUUGCUACCAAGGGCGUUCCCACUUCUCGUUCGAUCUAUAACAGCUGUUGAAACGAUGAGUGGAAAUCAAGAUUAUAAAUCGGCCAAAUCGAUUUACGAUUUCACGGCCAAUUCUAUUAAAGGCGAAGAAGUUCCUUUGUCGAAAUACAAGGAUCACGUAUGCCUGAUCGUAAACGUUGCCUCGAAAUGUGGACUCACUGCGACGAACUACAAGGAACUGAAUGAACUCUAUGAUGAGUACAAUGAAUCCAAAGGUUUACGUAUCCUGGCUUUUCCAUGUAAUCAAUUUAAUGGCCAGGAACCUGGCAGCAGUGAUGACAUUUGCAGUUUUGCUGACAAACAAAAGGUAAAAUUCGAUCUAUUCGAGAAGAUCGACGUAAAUGGUGAUCAUACUCAUCCUUUAUGGAAAUACUUGAAAAAGGAACAAGGUAGUAUCUUUGGUAAUUUCAUCAAAUGGAAUUUUACGAAGUUCAUCGUUAACAAGGAAGGACAAGUCGUCGAACGUCAUGGUCCUAACGUAGAUCCUAGCAAGUUGAAGGAAAAUCUCGAGAAAUAUUUUUAAUAACCAAUAAUAACCAUGCAUUACGUUUAUCUUUACGAUGUCAUAUCGAUCAUUAAUAAUAUAUUUAUAGAUCAAUAAGAUCGCUAAACGGGAUUAAUUUAUAUUAUACACACACAAAAUUCUUUUUUUAUGAUGUUUGCACAUAAAUUCAUUAAUUACUUCAUUUGUUUAUAAAAGUAUUUUUGUUUCUUUUUUAUUUCGGUGACAUACACAUUAUGUUACUCAUUUAUAAUUAUUAUUCACUUUUUCUCUCUUGCAAAUUUAUUAUUUAAUUUUUAAAUUAAUUUUCAUGUCGUGAUACUUUUUAUAUACAUAUAAUAUGUUAUAGUACACGCGAAUAUUAACUUGAACAAUGUUUUUUGAUAAAUAAUAUAUAUAUUAUUAUUAAAUAUAUAAAAAAUAUAUAUUACUUCUUCAAAAAUUAUUUUGCAAAUUAAAUCGUUAAAUUUUGUAAACACUUUACGAAGUUUUAUACAUAUUUGUAUAGUAUAUUACACGUACACUUGUUCAAACAAUAUUUUUUGAUAGAGAAUAUUACUUGUUUAGAAAUUAUUUUGUUAUCACUUCUGUAUCCACUAUAUAUAAUCAAUGUUCCUAAUUAUAUAAAUAAAUAAAUCUUAUACUAUAUUAUCCAUAAAAACACAUACACACAUUCACAUAUAUACGUUUAACAAGACGAUAUAUUCGUCAGACAUGAUUUUAAAAAGGAAAUGUAUCAUUAAAAUGUCGAUUUCUAAUCGGUGAAAUAAACCUGUCUUAUAUUCUUAA